AGCGAGGGCGGACGAGCACUUGCCUUGGCCAAUGAGCGCCCAGGUUUCUGGGCUGCUUCCAAUCAGAGCACCGACAGAGGAGACAGGUUCGGUUGCGAGGAGAGGAUCCAGGAGGAGGAGUUGCAGAGGUCCAUUAAUGAGAUGAAACGGUUGGAGGAAAUGUCAAAUAUAUUUCAGAGUUCUGGAGUUGAGAAUCACCCUCCUGAACCAAAGACUCCAGCAGAAGGGAAUGAAAAAUCAAAGGACAAAGAGGAGCCAUGGGAAAUGGUGAUGGACAAGAAACACUUCAAGCUGUGGCGGCGCCCUAUUACGGGCACCCACCUUUACCAGUACCGAGUUUUUGGGACAUACACAGAUGUGACGCCUCGGCAGUUCUUCAAUGUUCAGCUGGACACAGAGUACAGGAAAAAGUGGGAUGCUCUUGUGAUCAAGCUGGAGGUGAUUGAGAGAGAUGUCGUCAGUGGUUCUGAGGUUCUUCAUUGGGUAACACAUUUUCCUUAUCCAAUGUACUCAAGGGAUUAUGUUUAUGUUCGUCGGUAUAGCGUGGAUGAGGAAAACAAUGUGAUGGUCUUGGUGUCCCGUGCUGUGGAACACCCCAGUGUGCCAGAGUCUCCAGAGUUUGUCAGGGUCAGAUCCUAUGAAUCCCAAAUGGUUAUCCGUCCUCACAAGUCAUUUGAUGAGAAUGGCUUUGAUUAUUUACUGACAUACAGUGACAAUCCACAGACAGUGUUUCCUCGUUACUGUGUCAGUUGGAUGGUUUCCAGUGGCAUGCCAGAUUUCCUGGAGAAGCUGCACAUGGCCACUCUGAAAGCCAAGAACAUGGAGAUCAAAGUGAAGGACUACAUUUCGUCUAAGCCUCUGGAAAUGAGCAGUGAGGCCAAGGCCACUGCUCCGUCUUCUGAGCGGAAGAGUGAGGGUAGCCGUGGCCCGGCUCGGAUUGAGUAUGCUUAAGGGCCUUUGGGAUAAGGAGAGACAGGCACUUUGGGACCUGCCUUGCUCCCUCAGCUCUGCUGCAGGACAGGGACAAGUCACAUGUUAGAAGACAUCUGCUGUAACUGUCAGUGCGAGAGAAUUAUAACUGGAGUUAGAUUUCAUUUGGAGCCAUCUUGCUCUUUACCAAACAGAGAGGGCUGUGACAUCAUGGAGUCGUCAUGUUCUCAGGCCAGCUGUUGUGAAAUCCAGUAUUAUGUUGAGCUAAUCUGGAACAAACCUCUCACUUUAGGCCAGAAGGGAAUGACUCCCAUCUGCCUCUUCCAAGAAGCUUCCUUGCUGACAUUCCAAAUGCCACCGUUGGUUGUGCAGCGCUCUGGAUAUCCUUCAGUUCUGUAUGUUACUUGAAAAGUGAUUGGCCCUGGGUUCUCACUAAGGGGUCACUAGGAGUACUCUUGGUAACAGUCCUGUGGUGAUGUGAACACUGGCUGAGCUAAGUGCCUUGUCCUCACCUUGCUUUAUCAUUAGAGACAUGACGUUUGUACCAAGGGAUCCACCCCCCUGCAAAAUACUAUGACACUGACAUAUUUGACUCAAAGCAGUUAUUGUAACUGGCUUUUCUGUGUUUAUGGGCUGUGCUUGCUGGAUUGUUGCCUCUGCUGUAGCCUUAGCCCAUUUGCCAGGAGCACCAGAGACAAACCCCUUUAGACAGUACUUUGAUGCCAUCAGUGUUUUGAUAGCGUCAGUGGAAGUACAUACAAAAUGUCUCACUUAAAAGUAACUAUUUCUUUUUAACCCUGGUAGCAAAUUGGAGUUGUAGAUUUGAGUACAACUCCUUUUUAUCACUGUUUUCCCACUGCAGAUUGACUGGGCCUUCCUGGAGGGCUAAAGGUAGUGGAUGGUGGUUGCACCAUUUCCUCAGAACUUUCAAAACUGUAAGCUGCCAUGUGGGCCAGCAGAUGAAGUCUUUCCCUGUACCAAUAUGGUAGGGAUAUGGCUUAUGUGACCCUCCUGAGCCUCUAAAACAUUUCUCUCCAGAGCUGACAUAGAAGUAAGACACAGUUUGGAUAAGAUCACAACCAGAUGAUAUGGGCCUGGCCUUGCUGGAUUCUUUAUGGUGAAUAGGGAUCAAGUUUUAAAUCUUCCUCCCUUUUUCUUUUUUUCCUGCUUGCUAUCCUGUUGUGGUAUUGAAAAAGGAAACUAAACCCAAGGUGAACUUAACCCUUUUUAAAAAACUUUUGUUGCCUACUCAGUUCUGUGCCAAGGAAACAACUAACUCCCUCAAUGUUUGAUGUCUUCUGUUGGCAGAGCAGAGAGAUGCAUUGAGCAGUCCCAGUGUCUUUCAGUAAGCAUUUCUCCCUUCUCCCCAGGACCUGACAGAAACCAUUCAUCUGAAUUUAGCACCCGUAGUUGAAUGCGUAUGAGUGUGUUUUGUGUGUGUGUGUGUGAGUGCUGGGGUACAGGUAUUAAGCAGUUAUGGUUGCCCUUUGUUCUGACUUAAUGGUGAUUUGACUCUGUACAGUUACUUGUGUUAUCAUAAUUAAUUGCUCCUAUGACAUUUUUACCAAAUGUGUGAAUAAAUACAUAAAGAUUGCUACA